AUGGAGUUGAAUUUGCGCGUUUUGGUGAUAUGUCUUUUUUACUUGGUUGCUGUGGAAACAAAAAUAAAAUUGAAAGCUUUAUGGAAUUUGGAAGGCAUGAGCAUUUGUAGACUUAGAUAUUCUGCUAUCGUGUAUGUCAAUUACGGUUGUUGGUGUGGUAUGGGGGGUUCUGGUAAACCGAUUGAUGGAAUUGACAGAGCAGUUGAAAAUGGUCUUUGCUAUGAUACAGCUGAAGAAUAUGUCCUUCCGUAUGAUUGGAUGUGCAAUGGGACGAAACCCUUGUGCCUAACUAAUGGAGUUUCAGAAUGCUCAAAAGCAUUGUGUGACUGUGAUUCGCGUGUAGUUAAGUGUUGGAACCGUUUUGACAGACCAGUUAUUCGGGCGAAAUGCAUGCAAAAAUAUGGCAAAAAUAAUAAUAAUCAUUCUAGACCAUCCUCGCAUUAUUCUUCUAUUCUAGACAAAUUAUUAAACAUGCUGAAAAGAUUCAUAAGUAACCCGAAAUAA